GGUGUAGGGGGCUGAACCAUGAACCUGCAGCGUGCGUGUGUAUGAGUGAAAGAGGCGGCGGGGCUCCACCAGGAUGUGGUAGUGAAGGGGGAGGAAGCACCACCGCAUGUUGGCAGCACUCUCGUGUCGGCCGGCCGUGGAGAGAGGAAGCGGUGCCGCUCAGCCGGGAGCUCGGCUGUACGCCGAAGCUGGGGGAUCGCGGAUGUUGCGGAUGGAAAGGGGCGAGUCGGACGCCAUCUGACAACGUGGAGAGCGAUCGAUGCGAGGUCUGAGCUGUUCGCGGAGAUUGGAUCUCUAAAAACCUGCGAAGUAAUCGCCCUUCGAUUGGCGGGGGUAAGGUUUCUGCAGGUCCGCUGUCUGGCUGGAUAUCCGUCCACGUAUCAAGGGCAGCGUUGAUGCAGCAUGCGGACUGAAUCGGGAGAGUAUGGGAACACCCCCCUCCACUGACUCUCGUGUUACUUUGUUGCGAACUUUUCUUUUUUAUCAUUUUUGGUUACUUUUUAUUGCCCGAAGGAGCAUUUUGAAACUUUUGGUUGGGAGAGAAAAGGCGUGGAAAUGAGCGCCGAGGCGAAAAGCGCGGCGCACCAAGCGGAUCCAGACGGGACGAGCUCCCGGGAUAAGAAACGGGGACAUGAACAAGACGGAGCGUACGGUCCGCCGGGGAGCGCCGCGGACCCACCGCAUCCCGCCGACCCAGAGAGGGAACCGCGGUCCUCCGCCGCCGAUGUCACUCGCAUGUGGAUUCAGUUCGCCAAGACCUUCGCUGUCAUUUUCCCCAUUUACGUGCUGGGGUAUUUCGCCUUUAGCUUCAGUUGGGUUUUAAUAGGGCUGGCCCUUUUUUUCUGGUGGAGAAGGAAUAAAGGAAAUAAAAAUGGCAGGCUGAACAGAGCUUUGGCUUUCCUGGAGCAAGAGGAGCAAACGUUCCGGCAGGGUCUCCCAGCUUCGGAGCUGCCACCAUGGGUUCACUUCCCAGACGUAGAGAGGGUAGAGUGGUUAAACAAGACAGUCAAACAGAUGUGGCCGUACAUCUGCCAGUUUGUGGACAAACUGUUUCGUGAGACCAUCGAGCCGGCGGUGAAGGGAGCCAACCCCCACCUCAACACGUUCUGCUUCACCAAGAUCGACAUGGGGGACAAGCCCCUCCGAAUCAACGGCGUGAAGGUUUACAGCGAGAACGUGGACAAGAGGCAGAUCAUCAUGGACUUGCAGAUAAGCUUCGUGGGGAACACGGAAAUCGAUGUGGACAUCAAGCGCUACUAUUGCAGGGCCGGCAUUAAGAGCAUACAGCUGCAUGGUGUGUUGAGGGUCGUCAUGGAGCCUCUUCUUGGAGACAUGCCCUUGGUUGGAGCCUUGGCCAUCUUCUUUCUGAAGAAACCGCUUCUGGACAUCAACUGGACCGGCCUGACGAACAUGCUGGAUAUUCCUGGGCUUAAUGGCCUGUGCGACAACCUGAUCCAGGACAUCAUCUGCAACUACCUGGUCAUGCCCAACCGCAUCACCAUACCUCUGGUGGGUCAGGUGCAGCUGUCGCAGCUUCGCUUCCCCAUGCCCAAGGGGAUCCUGAGGAUCCACUUCCUGGAGGCGCAAGACCUGCUGGGCAAAGACAAAUUCCUGCGGGGGCUGAUCAAAGGGAAGUCGGACCCCUACGGCGUGGUUCAGAUUGGGAACCAGCUCUUCCAGAGCAAGACCAUCAAAGAGACCGUCAACCCCAAGUGGAACGAGGUCUACGAGGCCCUCGUGUACGAGCACUCGGGACAGCAUGUGGAAAUCGAGCUUUUUGACGAGGACCCUGACAAAGACGACUUCCUGGGAAGUUUAAUGAUUGACAUGACAGAACUACACAAGGAGCAGAGGGUGGAUGAGUGGUUUGAGCUAGAUGAAGUCUCCACUGGGAAACUUCACCUGAAGCUCGAGUGGCUCUCCCUCCUGCCCACGCCGGAGAAGCUAGACCAGGUGCUGACGAGCAUCAAGGCGGACAGAGGGCAGGCCAACGACGGCCUCUCCUCUGCGAUUCUGCUCAUUUACCUGGACUCCGCUCGUAACCUCCCUAGUGUCUUCGAAGGCAGCUUUGGCAGUGGAUACUUAAAAGAGAGGAGAGCUUCGGGCCUAGUCUUUUGUGAGAAUACUACCUCACUCUAUAGAACGUUAUUUCGCAAUCCGUUAGAGUUCAACUAUGACGGGUUGAAGAGAAGCUCAGUCAAUAAGGCCCUGAAGUCCGGCAAGAAGGUGAGCAGCGAUCCCAACCCAUUCGUCCAAUUUACUGUUGGACACAAAACGUUCGAGAGUAAGACUCGACACAAGACCAAUGAGCCGGUGUGGGAGGAGGCUUUUACCUUCCUUAUACACAACCCCAGAAGUCAGGAGCUGGAGGUGGAGGUGAAGGACGAUAAGCACGCCUGCUCCCUGGGCACCUUGUCUCUCCCCCUGCGCCCCCUGCUGGAAGCUGAGGACAUGACACUUGACCAGCGGUUCCCCCUCUGUAACUCGGGGCCUGAGUGCACACUGAAAAUGAAGGUGGUGCUGAGGGUUCUCUGCCUGGAGAAGCUUCACCCAUCGGACCAGCCGUCCUCGGUCCAGGUGAGGAAGGCCAGCGUCAGUGUCAAUGCCGGUGACAAGACAGGUGGGGUUAGUGGCAGAAAGGAGCAGCCCCCCACCCCGGUGGCCAAGUCAACCGCAAGCAGGACGCCGGACUCCGUGGCGGCCCCCCCGACCCCCGCGGCGGCGCCUCCCACCUGCAACCCGGAGCGGCAGGCGCCGGAGUGCCCGGGUAGCCCCGCCCAGCUGGCCAGGGCGGGCUUAAGCUCCUCCAGCCUGGCCGUCUCGGGCUCCCAGACCCAGCUGGCCGCCAAGGAACCCACUCCUAGCAUCGCCUCCGACAUCUCCAACCCCUUCGCCACCCAGGAGCUGCAGCAGAGGCUGCGGCAGCUGCAGAAUGGUUCCGCCCCCAACCACUUCCCCCUGGGCGAGGUGCAGCUGACAGUGAGACACAGCUCCCAGAGAAAUAAGCUGAUGGUAGUAGUGCAUGCUUGCAGGAACCUCAUCGCCAUCACGGAGAGCGGCUCGGACCCCUACGUGCGUUUGUACCUGCUUCCCGACAAGCGGCGUUCCGGCAGGAGAAAAACCCACACCAUAAAAAAGACGCUGAACCCAGUGUAUGACCACACGUUUGAGUUCAGCGUCUCUCUAGCGGAGCUCCACAGGAGGCCCCUGGACGUGGCUGUCAAAAAUGGGGGCGGGCUGCUGUCCAAACACAAGGGGCUUCUGGGAAAGGUGCUGGUUGAUCUGAUGUGUGACGACAUCUCCAAAGGCUGGACUCAGUGGUUUGAGCUGACGGAGGAUGGCUCGAGAAGAACACUUGAUACUUAAAGGAGUGUUACGGGGAUGGGGGAGGGACUCGUCAUAUAACUUUGUUCCGUUUUUACAAACAUCACUGAUGUAACAACCUAUUCUAAAGUGUUACAUUUUAGCCAUCACGAUCAUUGUUAUUUAACAAGCGAAGCCUAAUUUUCCUUUUAUAUAAUUAUACCUUUAUAAAUGUCCCUGUUUACCCCCGAUUUUUGCUAAUGUUUUGUGUGCAAUAGGUAAAAAAAGGAAGAGUGUGGUACCCAAGAACGGGUCUUCAUUUCAAAGCAAUGAUGUUCAGGAUAUAUGGAGAGAUCGCGCUACCUGUGGUCCGCGUACGGCGUGUAAUCAGCGGGGGUGUUCAGUGUUACCUGAUGAGCUGUAUCAAGUAUUUUUUAAGAAGGAAAAUUUACAUUGUGCUUUUGAAUGAACGGAAUUAAAAGAAAAAGGGGUUUUUGAACCCAGUCUGGUCAGCUGGCGCAGGCCGGUUUUACGAUCUGUCAAAGACAACCAAAGAGGCAAGUUUUUCAUCGUGUUUCCGGUGCCAUUCGAAGCCAAAUGCAUCUGUACGUCGUGCUUUAUAUUCCUCUCGUGUAUUAAAUUUAAUUCUCGUAUCGGUAUGUUUUUACCUUCAUUUUUUUGUUUGUUUGUAUUAUACGCAUAAGAGUCCUUACGCAAUACUGCGAUUGGACAUCAAAUUAUUCUGCUUCCAUUUUUUUCACAUGGCCGUCCAUCUCAGAAAUCAGCCAGGAGCUUUUUAUUCCAAUAUGGAUGUUAUUUUGUAGUAACGGUCUCACUGCGGAUUUAGUUAAGCGCACGUACUUUACGCACACUUCAUAUUUAAUACGACCUCGCCGCACUGCAUGCAACAUGCCUUCUGAGUGAGGUAUUACGUUGAUCUGUGUGUAUCGACGGGGUUCACUGCUGUAGUUGUCACAAAACACAUUAAUUACGUGAAUGUUUUUGAACGCGUAUCCGGUAUCGAUGUCAAGUAUCUCUGUAAGGUAUAAUCAGAAUGACAAUCGGGACUACAGAGAAGGUUUCGGACAGUUUCAUGUUUUAAAUGGACCACGUCAUUUUAUGAUGUCGUUACCAGAACUUUGAAUAUUCGCUCGCCUUUUUCCUUUCUCUAAAAGGGAACUCAUGAGAAUGAAAGUUGUCUGUUUGGUAUUUUCCUACUUCCACAGCAAGCUGAUAUGCCUCUGUAACUUAUUUAUCUGGUGCCUUAAAAAUGACUAUUCAGAUAUGUAAAGACGCUUUUAAGGUUUCUGUACUUGAGAAUGUCUCCUCAAAAGCUUUUAAAUAAAUAAAGAGCUAUUACUGUACUUAG